GUGCGCUGUGUCAACGGAAAGAGGCAAUCAGGGGUGCGCUGUGUCAACGGAAAGAGGCAAAGCUGUUGGCUCGGUCAUGUGAUCAGCUGUGUCCAAUCACAGCUGAUCGCAUGGGACAUGUACACUGAUCAUCAGGGCACUGAUGAUCAGUGUGCCCUGAUGAUCUGUGUAGCCCCAGCAGUGCCACCUGUCAGUGUCCAUCAGUACCAGCUGUCAGUGAUCAUCCAUACCACCUGCCAGUGCCCAUCAGUGCCACAUCAAUGCCUCAUUUCAGUGCCUACCAGUGCACAUCAAUGCCACAUAUCAGUGCCCAUCUGAGCUGCCUUUCAGUAUCACCCAUCAGUGCCAGUCAGUGCCGCCUAUCAGAGUGCAUCAGUG